UUCAAAAUGACACCCCCAACACUAACCCAACAAAAUUUAAAUAAUCCCCAAUCAUUAACUUCCUCAGCGUCUACUGCAAGUUUAAAAUCACGUUUAUCCCCACAUUUGGAAGAUGAUACUCUUGUGGCUAUGUUUAGACGAAUAUGUUCUGACGACAAAAAACGUGAUAAAAUUGUUUUGAAACACAACGACAGACAAUGGACAUUAGCACAAUUGGAUGAAAUAACUGACAGAUUAUCUCAAUUAUUUGUUACAAAAUUUUCAUGUAAGAAGGGGGACUGUAUAGCCAUUUAUAUGAACAAAUGUGCCGAAUAUGUAUUUGCCUAUAUUGCUGCCUUAAAAGCUGGUGCUGCUUAUUUACCUCUGGAUAUUACUUAUCCUGAUUCAUUGCUUAAAUCUGUACUUGAUGAGGUUAAGCCUGCAGUUGUUUGUAUAACAUCAACAAAUUCUUUAAAUAAUUUUCCUGAAAACACUCCAUUAUUAUUACUUGAUGAAGAUGGAAAGUGGUUAUUGUCUUUUGAAGUUGAAGAAGAAAAGCAGGAAAAAAUUGAAGAAAUAAAUUGUGAUGAUUUAGCUUAUAUUGUUUACUCUUCUGGAACUACUGGAAAGCCUAAAGGAAUAAAAUGCCCACAUAGAGGAGCUGUUAUAUCAUAUAAAUGGCGCUUCCUCAACUAUCCUUACAGUGAUGACGAUAUUGAAGCCUGUAAUGUCUUCUUUGUUUGGGAAAUGUUUCGGCCAAUAUUGCAAGGAAUUACCUUAGUAAUAAUCCCAGAUUCUGUUAUUUAUGACCCUCACAGUCUGUGCAAUUUUUUGGCAAAAAAUCAAAUAACCAGAAUGCUUUUUACCCCUUCACUGUUGGAAAUGGUUUUGGAUACACAAGAUGAGGAAACGCUUACAAGGGCAUUUCAAUGUAUAAGAAUAGUUUUUUUAUGCGGAGAAGUUGUUACUUGUGCAUUAUUAGAAAGAUUUAUUCGUCAUUUUCCACAUGUUCGCUGCAUUAAUCUCUAUAGUAUAUCAGAAUGUCAUGAUGUUGCUGUAGCCGAUUUAAAUGAAUUUUAUAAUACUAAAAAUGAAAGGCGUCAAUUUGCUCCAGUUGGAAAGGUAAUUGAAGGAGUCAAAAUUUUAAUUUUGGAUGAGAAAACGAUGAAACGUGUUCCAAUCGGCGUACCUGGAGAGAUUUACGUAGCAGGGCCAACAUUAGCAAUUGGUUAUAUUAACCGGCCAGAAAUAAAUGCUGAACGAUUUGUUCCGUUACCUGAAGAAUAUCAAAAAGAAAUGGGAUCUCAACGAAUGUACAGAACUGGUGAUUGGGGUUAUUUAUUGCCUAAUUUGGUUCUUGAAAUUUGUGGACGCUGCGAUACAACAGUUAGAAUUAGAGGAUACAGCGUUGAACUUCAAGCAAUUGAAGCGGCUCUUUUAAAUUUAAAUCAUGUCCGUUCUUGUACUGUAAUUUCUAUUGGAAAUGAAGGGGAAGAUAAACAGUUAGCUGCCUAUAUCGUUUUGCGAGACAAACAAAUUACUCGAAAACAAUUGAGAGCACAACUGAAACGAGUUUUGCCAUUUUAUAUGAUGCCUCAAUAUUUUAUUUUUAUGGAAAAACUUCCAUUAUUGGCCGCGUCUUCAAAAACUGACAAAAAAACACUUCCUUCAGUUAAUUUUUCUUGUGAUGUUGUUGAAAUAGAUGCAUUACCUCAAACAGAAAAUGAAAAGGAAUUGGCUAAAAUUUGGAUUGAAAUAUUACAUUUGGGGAGUAGUGGACAUUUGGAUAUACAAGAAAGUUUUUUUGAUAUGGGAGGACAUUCUCUUUUGGCUGCUCGUCUUUUAAAUGCUGUAAAUACUCGAUUUGGUUCACAUUUAGGAAUUCGUGAAUUAUUUACAGCUCCAACAGUUUACGCAAUGGCCAAAUUAUUAGAUGGUAGUCAAAUAGAAAGAUCAUCACCUGAACAAAUAAUUGAUUUGGAACAACAAAUUGAAGCAAAUGAUUUGAAGGGAGAUAUCAUGGAUCUUCACCUUCGAGCAUUUUGGCGUGCAACUGAAUGGAAAAAACGUUUCCACGCAGCUAAUGUCUUUUUAACUGGCGUAACAGGCUUUCUUGGUUCCCAUUUAUUAGCUCAAUUACUAUCCUCUUCAAAAACAAAAAUAACUUGUCUUAUUAGAGAAUCAUCAAAUAAUAGUAAUGAAACUGUUGAAGAAAGGCUUUUGUCCACAAUGAAAAGGAAUGGGUUAUUUAAUGAAAAAAUUGGAGAAGAAAAUUUUAGAGAACAAGUACGUGUUGUUUCUGGGGAUAUUGCACUAGUUCAGUUUGGGUUGUCUGAUGAGCUCGGACCAAGACUAGAUCCUUAA